GCGUUUCCAUAAAACUGGCCUCUCAGUGAACAACAAAUCUUCAACAUCGAAACCCGAAGUUGAUCCCGAACCUGAAGGUCGUCCGGUCUCUUCGUCUUCACGUUCGUUUCAUGUGUAUUAUCGAGAUCUUUGGUCUCAUGUUGUGAAAAUUCCGUUUAUGGUUUUAGUGCUUUAUGCAAAUUCUUCGUUUGUUAUCUAUCUUUCGUCCACUUCGUAAAAGUGUUUCGUAGUUUUAAAAUUAUUCGUAACUGAGAGCUUUUCGGCGAAAAUUUUGGCUGAAAGGACUUACUCGUCGUAAAUGUUGUUGGAGAGUUAAUAUUAUUGGUGAUUCAUAUGGUGGAUGAUUACGUGUUUACCUGUUCGUAGUAUAUUGAUUCCAAUAUCUCACACCUGUUUCCAGGAAAAAACCUCCAUUCUCGUUUUCAUAAGACGAAAGACACCAUUUUACGAGGAGGUCUUCAUCACUAUACUUCUAAAAUGAACGACGAAAGGAGUAUUUGAACAGAGGUCGUUUCCUAAGCAAUGGUAAAACGUCUAAGUAAAAAUCACUACUUGGCAACACCCGGUGAUCCUUCUUUCAAUAACUCAAAUGGAAUUAGUAGACAUUCGUUGAUAAAUACCGAAUACCAUCAUCAUCGAUUAGCAAACCAUAGAGGAUAUUCUACUGAUGGUGAAGACAGUCGUGCUCCUUCAGAUCGAACCAUGUCCGAAUACAUGAUUGCCAACGAACGAGCAACUGCCUCGACUCUAACUACUCCUUCGAGGAAACAUCGCAGCACCAAUACUCGAAGAUCGCGAAGUCAAGAAAGGCCACCCAGGGCGCAUUCUGUGGCCAGUACCAGACAUUAUGACGAAGGAUCGGAUAUUUACAUUACGACAGCGGCUUAUAGGCCGCCUUCUGAAAUCAGUCGUGGAUCACGAUAUAGUCAUCAUAGCCGACCGGCGAGCAACUACUCGUAUAGAAGUGGUCCACCAGCUCCAUCUGAGAUAUCCACAGUCAAGACGAAAAUUACGAGAAGACCUGGCAUGACGAUCGAAACUAUGUCAGCUCCUAAUCCAUUUUGUCCAAAUACUAAAGGCAUAUGCUGCCUUAUGCUUUUAUUAAAUUUAGGUUUAAUUUUGGUUACACUAGGGUUCGUUAUAGUGAUACAGUUCUUCGAACCUUUAUUCGUUUGGAUUUUAGGAAUAGUCUUCCUGAUAUUUGGAUUCUUGACCUUAAUGGGUAGUUUAAUAUAUUGCGUGUACAUUUGUCGUGACGUAAAAACUCCUAAACAAGUCGCCAUGCAAGAUCACUACUGGACCCAUCACUGGCAAAAGAGUUUUGGUACAACUCCCGAAAUACAUUAUAAGCCAGAGAAAUAUCCACCCUCUGAACACGAUCGAUACAGCGAUAGAUAUUCGGAUCAUCACAGAAAUCGUUAUUAAUGUUCUUAUAUUUUGUAUUUUUUUUCCAUUUUUUUUCCUUUUCAAAGAAAGUAUAAUAAUUGAGCAUUGUGAAGCACACUCGAUCCAUAAGUAUAUUGAAUUUUGUUGCUGAAUUAAGACUACUACGAGUAUUAAUUUUUUAUGUAAGUAAUACUUAAGUAUGCGACAUUUUAAUUCAAUUUUUUUCUAUAUUUACGUUUAACGUUUCAUGCAAAAACAAUUUUUUCUCUAUCUAGUCCAAACACAAUGAAUUUAUAAUUUCAAUGCCAAUUAUUUUUUUUGUACAUUUAUUUAUUCGAGUAAUGUAAAUAAUAAGGUUGAAUUAAGCAUUGAUUUUUUAUAAUUUUCGUACUAAUAAAAUAACGAUCAAGUUUUUUAA